AUGAGUGAUCAUGACAUUUAUCCAAAUAAAUUCAAUGAAUUACGAAGUAUCUAUAAAUACUAUAUCGACUCAUAUAAUGCAUUAUAUCGGCUGAAUACUGAAAACGAAGAAAAAUUAAUGUCGAUUUACAAAAAGAUCAAAACAAAAUUGAUUGAUCCAGAGAAUUAUCUGCCCAAAAACAUUAUAAGAGACAUUUUAAAUAUCAGCAUGUUGCGAUUAUGCUAUAAAAAAUCAUAUUUAUUUCUUGCUAAACUUAUAUAUGAUGAUUAUAAUGUAGAAGAGGUUAGUAAUGCUAAUAUUACUUUAAGGUUCCUAUUUUAUAAAGAAUAUGGCAUUAAAUUAGUAAAAUCUGAUGAUUUCGAACAAGAGAAAAUUAAAAAUUUCGAAAUUCAAUCAGAAAGUACAAUAUACAGAGCAAUCAUGUAUAAUGACCUAGAAAAAUUCAUCACCAUCACGGAAACAGAUGGAUUUGAUAAAGAUCAAAUUCUUGAUAGUCAAAACCUCUUAUCUUUACUUGAAUUAUGUUGUCACUAUGGAGCAGUAGAUUGUUUCAAGUUAUUAAGAACGAAAUUUAACUCAGAAAUAACUCCAACAUGUGUACGAUAUUCAUUUUUAGGUGGAAAUCCAGAGAUCACAAGUGAAUGUUUGAAAUACCAAAAACCAGAUAAAUAUUGCAUGAAAUAUUUCACACAACAUUGA